UGCUUCUUAAACAUUGCUUUUUUCUUGUGCAUUGACUUGGCAAUUUCCAUACAGCAGAUAUCUUGCAAAUGUUCCUCUCCGGGUACUCCUCAGCCCGCCCUAAAAGUCAGCUCGUAACCGUUAUUUUAAAAUCUGGGAUCGAUUCAUUAGUCACAAAGAAAGCUACUACCUGUUCUGCUACUCAAAAGGGUUGUAAGUCAAAUUUGUUCCCUCUCUUAUAUAGACACACUCUCCUUUGUCAAGCAAUCUUCCCCAUUUGCCAACUCAUCGUCGCGAAUCCUAAUCAAAGACGUCUUCAUAUUGAUCCGGGUUACGCUCAUAGAGCGCCACAAAGCACAUUUCAGAGCACCAUGAUGUAUGUGAUCAUCAGAGUCUUGCUGAUAUGCAUGUUCUCCUUCCCUUCUCCUGCAAUCUCUAGGGGCAAUAACAAUGAUGGCAUAAGCCGUUGGUGCGACAGCACACCGCACCCGGGGCCAUGCAACUACUUCGUCGGUCAUAGGAGCCAUGACCGCUCGCCGCCGCGGGACCGAUCGCAGUUCCGCCAAAUCAUGGUUGAAGUGACCAUGGACCGAGCCCUCGAUGCGCAGAAGCAUGUGUCACAAUUCAGCGAGAAUUGCACAACUGAUAGGCAACGGCAGGUGUGGUCCGAUUGCACGAAACUUUAUUAUAACACGGUUGGUCAGCUCAACCGGACGCUGGAAGGCCUAGGUGGGGUGCAUAAAAACUGCACCGACUUUGACGCGCAAACAUGGCUCAGCACGGCUCUCACGAACAUUGAAGCGUGCCAAUUAGGAUUUCAAGACCUGAAUGUCUCCGACUUCAUAUCGCCGGCCCUGUCGACUAAUUUAUCGCAGCUGAUCAGCGUUAGUUUGGCGGUUAACGGGGCUUUGCUACAGGAUGAAAAACCAGAGACUUAUGCAGAAGGAUUUCCCAGUUGGGUGUCUAGACAUGAUAGGAAACUACUGCAAUCUUCCACAAUAAAGGCUAAUCUCGUGGUGUCCAAAGACGGGGCGGGGCAUUUCCGAACUAUACAAGCGGCUCUAGAUACUGCUGCAAAAAGGCGCUCCACAACUGCAAGAUUCAUCAUCUAUGUGAAAAGAGGACUCUACAGGGAAAACAUAGAGGUAGCCAAUAACAAUAACAAUAUCCUGAUGAUAGGUGAUGGCAUAAAGAACACCAUUAUCACAGGCAGCCGAAGUGUCGGAGGAGGUUACAAUACAUAUAGUUCCGCCACGGCCGGUAUCGAUGGCGUUGGCUUUAUAGCUCGUGGCAUUACGUUUACCAACACAGCAGGUCCACAAAAGGGGCAAGCAGUUGCGCUGAGAUCCGCAUCUGACCUCUCGGUGUUCUACCGCUGUGCUUUCCAGGGAUACCAAGACACUCUGUGGGUGCUUUCGCAGCGUCAAUUUUACAAGUCCUGCUACAUCUUUGGCACCAUAGACUUCAUCUUCGGAAAUGCAGCAGUCGUCUUCCAAAAUUGCUUGAUCUACGCUAGGAAGCCAUUGCAAGGUCAAUCCAAUGUGAUAACGGCUCAAGGGCGCAACGACCCCUUUCAGAACACGGGAAUUUCAAUCCACAAUUCACGAGUCCUAGCCUCAACCGACCUAUUGCAGGCGACAGACGGCGUCCAAACAUACCUUGGGCGGCCAUGGAUGCAAUACUCGAGGACAGUAUACAUGAAAACGUAUCUCGGCUCUUUAGUUAGUCCUGCAGGUUGGACCACAUGGGAAGGUAGUAAUUCUGUUUGGAACACAUUGUACUAUGGCGAGUACGGGAACUCUGGACCUGGAAGUUCGACAACAAGCCGAGUUACAUGGCCCGGUUAUCAUGUAAUUACAAGCGCCGCCACUGCUUCGAGUUUCACCGUGAGCAGUUUCAUAGCAGGCAGAUCAUGGUUACCUGCGACUGGUGUGCCAUACACUUCCGGAUUGUGACCAUGUCUUUGUUUUUAUGAUUAUAUGAACCUUGGUUCUUGACUGUAUAUCGUGCUGUGUCUAUUAGAAUUCUUUUGCAAAUUAUUGUCGAUUUGUGGAUUCUGUUGCAUUAGUCAAAAAGCUCCCUGACUUCUCCUACUUUCAAAUUUCUGGUAUUCUUUUCACAAGAAGCAAAGAAAGAAGAGAGUCUCUUCU